AUGGGGCUGGAUCCAGGCUGGGCCGCGCUCGUGCUGCUCUUUGCCGCCUCGCUGCUCACCGUCGCGGCUUGGCUGCUCCAGUACUGGCGGUCCGCGGCCCUGCGUGCGCCGCGGCGGCGCGGGACAGCGGCAGAGGAGGCCGGGGCCCGUGCGCUGCUCGCCGCGCUGCUCGCCCUCCGGUCACUGCGUGAGCAGUGGCAGAAGGCCUGGGUGCGAGCCCUCAACAGCCAGGCGCGCCGGAAUGGGAGUUCGGUACAGAUCACAUUUGAGGAGGGUCCUCAGUUACCACUGGCUGCAAAUAUAAGUCACGUGAUGUGCAGGGGACGGUCAGAUCGCACCAUGGUGCUAUGCUGCCAUCUGUCAGCUGAAGCUGUGAAGUUUCCUGUCUCUGUGACUCAGCAGUCCCCAGCUGCUGUUUCAGUUGACACCUAUCAUGUCACUUUGGCUGUGCUGCAGGCUCAGGUGGAGAUCCACUUGGAGGAGAUACAGAAUGAAGGUCUCUUGGUCUCAUGGACAUUCAAGGACAGACCAGACUUGAAACUUUCUGUUCUUCCAAGACUUCAGCUUUGUGAGAAUGAAAGGGGGGCAGAUCUGUCAACCAUAAAGGAUCUGAUAGAGGAUACCAUUGUCAGCACGCAGCCAGCCAUGAUGGUGAAUCUGAAGGCUUGCACUGCUGGAGCCAGUGUGAUACCCAGCAAUAAGUUGAUUCAAGAACCCUCACCAGGAAUAGCAGCGGUCCCUCUGGGUUCAAAGCUAUUGCUCCGAAAUCUUCGAGUCCUGAACUUAGGCUGCCACGGGAAGGGAGGAGCUGGGGAGAUACGGUGCCUGGUAGAGCUAGACAGCCCCCCACAGCAGAAGUGGACGAGACCAGCAACAGCUAGUGGUGCAGGGGCUGUGGCAGAGAUGCAGUGGACUGAGGAACUCUUUCUGGAGUUGGGACCUAGAAGUAAAGAGCUGAAGCUACAAGUGCUGGGGAAUAGUGACAGCAGGGGAAAUGUGUUGCUAGCACAUACUGCGCUUUUGCUUGAUUCUUUGGGCAAACAACCAUCUGGGAGACAGGUCUGCUCACUGACCCCAGGAGCUGGGCAGUCACUGAUGGCUGAAGCUACGAUUAUAUUGGAGCUGCUAUUCCAGGAAUCUGCUGCUUCUUUGGAUGCUCAGCACGCCACAUCUCUGCGAACCAGUAUUACCCCCACUAAGAAGGUGGAGAUGGGCCGGACCAUCAUGCCUGAUGGCACUAUUGUUACUACUGUCACCACGAUUCAGUCCCGGCCCAAGGCAGACUGCAAGCUGGAUUCUCCAUCAAGAUCACCUUCCAAGGUGGAAGUGACCGAGAAGAAGACAACUGUGCUUAUGGAGAGUGGCUGCCCUCAUGGUCCCGUGCCCAGCAGUAGCUGGGAUAGCCAUGUGCCCAAUGGCUUGGAUCCAGUGGCUGAGACGGCGAUCAGGCAGCUAACUGAGACAAAUAACAAGCCUGCCAAGAAGACCCCAACAAAACGUAGCACACUCAUCAUCUCGGGAGUUUCCAAGGUACCCAUUGCUCAAGAUGAAAUGGCACUUUCUCUGGGUUAUGCUGCAUCCUUGGAGGCCACAGCGUAUAUGGGUUCUGUGGCAGAGGGCACAGCUGACCAGGUUUGCGAUUCUAUUGAAUCAUCUCAGCCGCUGGAAGAGUCGCUCUCAGGACAAAGGGCCAGUCAGGAGUUGGAUGAGACGACGCGAUCUGACAUAUCUGAGAGACCUUCGGUGGAAGAUGUUGAAUCUGAAACUGGCUCCACGGGAGCCCUAGAAACCAGGAGCUUGAAAGAUCACAAAGUUAGCUUUCUUCGGAGUGGUACCAAGCUCAUCUUCAGGAGAAGGAGCAAGCAGAAGGAAGCUGGGCUGAGCCAGUCACACGAUGACUUAUCCAAUGUCACCACCAACUCCACUGCAAGGAAGAAAGCCGGCAGCUUCUCCCACCGACUCAUCAAGCGCUUCUCCUUCAAGUCUAAAUCAAAACCCAAAGCUAGUGACAGCACAACAGCAGGUCACGAUGAGUGUCAUGGUAGAGUAACAAUUCCGGUGGUGGUCAAACUUCUGGAAAAGGUCUUUGUGUGCUUGCGAUAUUGCAGCUCCUUCUACAGGCAUGACUGCUCCAUACCACCUUGCUUGUACAGGUACUGGACCAAAUACAUUGAGUUUGAAUUUGUGUCCCCUCCUUGUGUGUGCUCUGUUGUAUUUUGAUGCCUUCUCUCUGGGUGGAUUAAUCCCAGAUUGUUUAGAGGAGGAAAAAAAAAAAGGAACUGUGUAGCUCUUUAAGAGGUGAGAAUAAAAUUACUUAAUUUGGACUAAAUGAAUGAAGUUCUUGCACCUUUGUAAAUGUUGAAGAAGAGUUCCAUUGCUGUGUAAUGGCUGAACCUUUUAACUUAUUA